AUGCAACCCGCAAACCUUCAUGCUCACCGGCCACAGUCGCUGUUCGCAAACCAUCCCUUGUCCACACAAGGCUACGAGAGGGCACGCUGCGGCAAAGUUGUGCGCGACCUCGAUGCAAAAAGAUUCGACGAGCAGCACUGUGCACCGAACAGAAAGAAGAGGCGUCGCGCCCGAGACUGUAUAGCGCGCCACGAAAAGAAAGCAAAUCAUUUGUCCUCUUGUCCUGCGCUUGCCCUUGCGCUCGCUACCUACCUUUCCCACCCCCUCCCUCAAAGGCCAUUUGCGCGUCGCACGCGUUGGGUGUGCAUCACGACAUUUUCGCACUUUUUCAAGAGAAGGCUGGCAAAGGAAAGGUGA